CACUUCAAAUCUAUUUCAUUUUGUAGUUUGGGAGCCAUAAUUGCAGCUUCACCAGCCUUGGUUCUUCUUGGCCUGGCCCUUCCCUUCCCUUGCUGGUUAGUACCAGCUAAGCUGGUUUGCUUUUUCCCUCUUUGAUACUAUUCUCCUCUUCCUUCUUCCACGUUACCUUCUGCCACGGCCUCUCUUCUUUUUCCCUCGCUUUUCAAUUUACUCUUACAUUUUCCCUCCUCCUCCUGGCCCUGCCUAGUUUCCCCUCCCCUGGUUUCUAGCUCCUUUUUGCUUUCUGUUUGUGUUACUGAGGGCAGUGCUCCAAUUACCUCAUAUUUGGAGAGAGGAAGCUGCAGCCAAUCCGGUUUCUGUCUGCUUUUAGGUCAAGUGAUUUCUGAACUGCAGUGAGAUGCUUUGAAUUUGUCUUGUUGCAGCUCUGAGCCUGUAAGAUGGCUGUCUGAAUCGGCAGCGGCUGGAAGAGACAGAGAGAGGCGGGGAGGGAGGGAGAAAGAAUUGGAGGGAUUGCCGGCAUAGUGCAUGUUUUUAAAUGUACGUUGAAUCCGAUGAAGCCAAGGUUGGGAUUUCUGUGGGAUCCCAGGACUGGCUUAGCUGCGUUUUUGCUGAGAUUAGGAGAGGAAGGAAAUGGGAAAUUCACUGGGCUGUUUUAAGGAGCCAAAAGAGUCAAUAGCUGUUCCUGAGAAGGCUCCCAUAUCUCCUAAGAAAAGGGUUCGGUUCAAAAGGAGGUGGAGAGGGAAGAAAAUCCCUACUCCAGAGGCAUCUCACCAGGAAGAAACCUCGGAAGGAACUGAAGUCAUUGAAGAGACUGAAACCCUAACGAAGUUAACAGUGAGUCUCCAAAAGGAAGACGGAGUGGGAGGGGUAAAACAUACCCCCCCAGAUAUUUUGCUGCCUAGGGACUCAGCCCCCAACUCGCAGGUAGUCGAUCAGGGGAUGAUAGUACAGGUAAAGGAGAGAUUCCAAGGGGAGGUCCAGACUGCCCACCUUUUGUUAGAGAAUGAGUCAUCAGUUGCUGGAGGGGUCUGGGAUUCCCUGGAAGAGGGGAUGACUGUCAUUGCUCACCUGCUUGAUAACCCAGCAGAAAGGAACUGUGAGAAGUCAGUGAGCCAACUGGUGGAAUUUCCUAGGACAGCAUCCUGCAGCAGCAGGGCUGUGCUGCUGCCUUUGCAAGGAGAGACUGCAGUGGAGAAAGGAAAUAUUCAGCUUGGGUUUCGGAGCUAUGCUUCGCUUAGGACAGACUGCCCCACUGAUACAGGAAAUCAAGAACAAUUUUCAGAGGGCUGGAGUGCGGAGGAAGGAACCAAGAGUGUUUCAGAUGCCCCUCAGACAGGUUCCUGGAUUGCAGAAUGUUCUGUUUCUUCAUCACUACUGGACAAGCCUGGAGGCCAAAGAUGCACGGAGCCUUCCCAUGUGGGUCGAGUGCCCCUCCAGGAUUCCAGACUGCUUACUUCUCAGAGUGAUUUGUCUAUCAGCGGCGUGACUGUGAGCAUUUUGCCCUCCUCCUCUGGCUAUGGCAGUGAUGGGCCGCACAUACACGGGAUCCAGCCUAAAGAUACAGAACCUGAAAAGAGCUCUACUUCCUUCUCAGAAGAGGAUGGCACUCUUUCUCUGGAGGCAAGCCACACCCUAUCAUGGGGUCUGGAAGAGAUCUCUGACAUCUACAUUAGUGGAGAAUCAGGGGAUAUGUCAGCUAAGGAGAAACUACUCCUGUGGACCCAGAAGGUGACAGCUGGUUACACAGGAAUCAAAUGCACCAACUUUUCCUCCUGCUGGAGUGAUGGGAAGAUGUUCAAUGCACUCAUUCACCGAUACCGACCCGAUCUGGUAGACAUGGAGAGGGUACAAAUCCAAAGUAACCGAGAGAAUCUGGAACAGGCUUUUGAAGUGGCAGAAAGACUAGGGGUCACUCGUCUGCUGGAUGCAGAAGAUGUGGAUGUGCCAUCUCCAGAUGAAAAGUCUGUAAUCACUUAUGUGUCUUCAAUUUAUGAUGCCUUCCCUAAAGUCCCUGAGGGUGGAGAAGGGAUCAGUGCUACGGAAGUGGACUCCAGGUGGCAAGAAUACCAAAGCCGAGUGGACUCCCUCAUUCCCUGGAUCAAACAGCAUACAAUACUGAUGUCAGAUAAAACUUUUCCCCAAAACCCUGUUGAACUAAAGGCACUUUAUAACCAAUAUAUACACUUCAAAGAAACAGAAAUUCUGGCCAAGGAGAGAGAAAAAGGAAGAAUUGAGGAAUUAUAUAAAUUACUAGAGGUGUGGAUUGAAUUUGGCCGAAUUAAACUGCCUCAAGGUUAUCACCCUAAUGAUGUGGAAGAAGAGUGGGGAAAGCUCAUCAUAGAGAUGCUGGAGCGAGAGAAAUCACUUCGGCCGGCUGUGGAGAGGCUGGAAUUGCUGCUACAGAUUGCAAACAAAAUUCAGAAUGGUGCUUUGAACUGUGAAGAAAAACUGACACUAGCUAAGAAUACCUUGCAGGCUGAUGCUGCUCAUCUGGAAUCAGGACAACCGGUACAAUGUGAGUCAGAUGUCAUUAUGUACAUUCAGGAGUGUGAAGGUCUCAUCAGGCAGCUGCAGGUGGAUCUCCAGAUCCUGCGGGAUGAGAAUUACUACCAGCUAGAAGAGCUGGCUUUUAGGGUCAUGCGUCUGCAGGAUGAGCUGGUCACCUUGCGCCUAGAGUGUACAAACCUGUACCGGAAGGGCCAUUUCACUUCACUUGAAUUGGUUCCACCCUCUACUUUAACCACUACUCAUCUGAAAGCAGAACCCUUAACCAAGGCACCCUAUUCUUCUUCUACCUCCUGGUUCCGAAAGCCUAUGACUCGGGCUGAACUUGUGGCUAUCAGCUCCUCUGAAGAUGAAGGCAAUCUCCGAUUUGUGUAUGAACUACUGUCUUGGGUAGAAGAGAUGCAGAUGAAACUGGAACGAGCAGAGUGGGGCAAUGACCUGCCUAGUGUGGAGUUGCAGUUAGAAACGCAGCAGCACAUCCAUACCAGUGUAGAAGAGCUGGGCUCAAGUGUCAAGGAGGCCAGGUUGUAUGAGGGAAAGAUGUCCCAGAAUUUCCGUACCAGCUAUGCUGAAACUCUUGGAAAGCUGGAGACACAGUAUUGUAAAUUGAAGGAAACUUCUAGCUUCCGGAUGAGGCACCUUCAGAGCCUACAUAAAUUUGUUUCCAGAGCUACAGCUGAGUUGAUCUGGUUGAAUGAGAAGGAGGAGGAGGAACUAGCAUAUGACUGGAGUGACAACAAUUCCAAUAUCUCAGCCAAGAGAAAUUACUUCUCUGAGUUGACAAUGGAACUGGAGGAGAAACAGGAUGUGUUUCGUUCUCUACAAGAUACAGCAGAACUACUUUCACUUGAGAACCACCCAGCCAAGCAGACAGUGGAGGCGUAUAGUGCUGCUGUCCAGUCCCAGUUGCAGUGGAUGAAGCAGCUGUGCCUGUGUGUUGAGCAGCAUGUGAAAGAGAAUACUGCUUAUUUUCAGUUCUUCAGUGAUGCACGAGAGCUGGAGUCAUUCUUGAGGAACCUCCAAGAUUCCAUUAAACGAAAAUAUUCCUGUGACCACAACACCAGCUUAUCCCGCCUUGAAGACCUGCUCCAGGACUCCAUGGCACAGGAUGAAAAGGAGCAGCUUAUACAGUCCAAGAGUUCCGUUGCCAGUCUUGUCGGGAGAUCAAAAACCAUUGUUCAGCUAAAACCACGCAGUCCAGACCAUUUGUUAAAGAGCACCAUUUCUGUUAAGGCCAUCUGUGACUAUCGGCAGAUCGAGAUUACUAUUUGCAAAAAUGAUGAAUGUGUGCUAGAAGAUAAUUCUCAGCGGACCAAAUGGAAAGUGAUCAGCCCCACAGGGAAUGAGGCAAUGGUGCCAUCAGUCUGCUUCCUCAUUCCCCCACCCAAUAAGGAUGCCAUUGAGAUGGCCAGCAGGGUCGAACAAUCUUAUCAGAAGGUGAUGGCCCUUUGGCACCAGCUACAUGUUAACACCAAAAGCCUUAUAUCUUGGAACUAUCUGCGUAAAGACCUUGACCUUAUACAGACCUGGAACCUAGAAAAGCUUCGAUCCUCAGCACCAGGGGAGUGUCAUCAGAUUAUGAAGAAUCUUCAGGCCCACUGUGAAGACUUUCUGCAGGAUAGUCGUGACUCUGUGCUGUUCUCAGUGGCUGAUCGCUUGCGCUUGGAAGAGGAAGUGGAAGCUUGUAAAGCCCACUUCCAGCACCUGAUGAAGUCCAUGGAGAAUGAGGACAAAGAGGAGACUGUGGCCAAGAUGUACAUUUCAGAGUUGAAGAACAUCCGGCUACGCCUGGAGGAGUAUGAACAGAGGGUGGUCAAACGAAUUCAGUCUCUAGCCAGCUCUAGGACUGACAGAGAUGCCCGGCAGGACAGUGCAUUAAGGAUUGCAGAGCAAGAACACACCCAGGAGGAUUUACAGCAACUGAGGUCAGACUUGGAUGCAGUUUCUAUGAAAUGUGACAGCUUUCUCCAUCAGUCUCCAUCUAGUUCAAGUGUCCCAACUCUGCGCUCAGAACUGAAUCUUCUGGUGGAGAAGAUGGACCAUGUCUAUGGUCUCUCUACUGUAUAUCUGAAUAAGUUAAAGACAGUUGAUGUUAUAGUACGUAGCAUACAGGAUGCCGAACUCUUGGUCAAAGGUUAUGAGAUUAAGCUGAGUCAAGAAGAAGCAGUACUGGCAGAUCUCUCAGCUCUGGAGGCCCAUCGGUCGACAUUACGGCACUGGUUUAGUGAUGUGAAGGACAAGAAUUCAGUGUUUUCAGUCCUGGAUGAGGAAAUUGACAAGGCCAAGGCAGUGGCAGAGCAGAUGAGUCGUCUGACGCCAGAGCGAAACCUGGAUUUGGAGCGCUAUCAGGAAAAAGGCUCCCAGCUGCAGGAGCGUUGGCACCGAGUCAUUGCCCAACUCGAGAUUCGCCAAUCUGAACUAGAAAGUAUCCAGGAAGUUCUGGGAGAUUACCGAGCCUGCCAUGGAACUCUCAUCAAGUGGAUUGAGGAAACCACUGCCCAGCAGGAAAUGAUGAAGCCAGGCCAGGCAGAGGAUAGCAGAGUGCUUUCGGAGCAGCUCAGCCAGCAGACAGCUCUAUUUGCAGAAAUUGAGAGAAAUCAGACAAAACUGGAUCAAUGUCAAAAAUUUUCCCAGCAGUACUCUACUAUUGUAAAGGACUAUGAAUUGCAACUGAUGACAUACAAGGCCUUUGUGGAAUCGCAGCAGAAAUCCCCUGGCAAGCGCCGUCGCAUGCUUUCCUCUUCAGAUGCCAUCACUCAAGAGUUCAUGGACUUAAGGACUCGCUACACAGCAUUGGUGACUUUAACAACUCAGCACGUGAAAUACAUCAGUGAUGCACUCCGGCGUCUGGAGGAGGAGGAGAAAGUGGUAGAAGAGGAGAAACAAGAACAUGUGGAGAAGGUUAAAGAACUUUUGGGCUGGGUGUCUACUCUAGCGAGGAAUACACAAGGAAAAGCUACCUCAUCCCAGACCAAAGAAUCAACAGACAUUGAAAAAGCUAUUUUGGAACAGCAGGUUCUGGCAGAAGAGCUGACAACAAAGAAAGAACAAGUCUCUGAAGCUAUUAAAACAUCACAGAUCUUCUUGGCCAAGCAUGGUCAUAAGCUCUCAGAAAAAGAGAAGAAACAAAUAUCUGAGCAAUUGAAUGCCCUAAACCAGGCUUACCAUGACCUUUGUGAUGGUUCUGCAAAUCAGCUUCAGCAGCUUCAGAGCCAGUUGGCUCACCAGACAGAACAAAAGACCCUGCAGAAACAACAAAAUACUUGUCACCAGCAACUGGAGGAUCUUUGCAGUUGGGUAGGACAGGCAGAAAGAGCACUGGCAGGCCACCAAGGCAGAACCACCCGGCAGGAUCUCUCUGCUUUGCAGAAGAACCAAAGUGACUUGAAGGAUUUACAGGAUGACAUUCAGAAUCAUGCCACCUCAUUUGCCGCUGUUGUCAAGGAUAUUGAGGGGUUCAUGGAAGAGAAUCAGACCAAGCUGAGCCCACAUGAGUUGACAGCUCUUCGGGAAAAGCUUCAUCAGGCUAAGGAGCAAUAUGAGGCGCUCCGGGAACAGACACGGGUGGCCCAGAAGGAGCUGGAGGAAGCAGUGACCUCUGCCUUACAGCAGGAGACUGAAAAGAGUAAAGCAGCAAAGGAACUGGCAGAGAACAAGAAGAAAAUCGAUGCUCUCCUGGAUUGGGUAACUUCAGUAGGAUCAUCUGGUGGACAGCUGCUGACCAACCUUCCAGGAAUGGAGCAGCUCUCGAAAGCUAGUUUGGAGAAAGGAACCUUGGACACCACUGAUGGUUACAUGGGGGUGAAUCAAGCCCCAGAGAAACUGGACAAGCACUGUGAGAAGAUGAAGGCCCGUCACCAAGAAUUGCUGUCCCAGCAGCAACAUUUCAUUCUGGCCACCCAGUCAGCUCAGGCCUUCCUGGAUCAGCAUGGCCACAAUCUCACACCUGAGGAACAACAGAUGCUGCAAGAAAAGCUAGGAGAGCUAAAGGAGCAAUAUUCUACUUCCCUGGCCCAAUCAGAGGCAGAACUGAAGCAGGUGCAGACACUUCAGGAUGAGUUGCAGAAAUUUCUACAGGAUCAUAGAGAGUUUGAAAGCUGGUUGGAACGAUCUGAGAAAGAGCUGGAGAACAUGCAUAAAGGAGGCAGCAGCCCCGAGGCCCUUCCCUCCCUGCUGAAGCGGCAAGGAAGCUUCUCAGAGGAUGUCAUUUCCCACAAAGGAGACUUGAGAUUUGUGACUAUCUCAGGACAGAAAGUCUUGGACACGGAAAACAGUUUUAAGGAAGGCAAAGAACCAUCAGAAAUUGGAAACUUAGUAAAGGACAAGUUGAAGGAUGCAACAGAAAGGUACACUGCUCUCCACUCAGAGUGUACACGAUUAGGAUUUCACCUGAAUAUGCUGUUAGGCCAGUAUCAUCAAUUCCAAAACAGUGCUGACAGCCUGCAGGCCUGGAUGCAGACUUGUGAGGCCAAUGUGGGGAAGCUCCUCUCAGAUACAGUUGCCUCCGACCCUGGAGUUCUCCAGCAGCAGCUUGCAACAACAAAGCAGUUGCAGGAGGAAUUGGCUGAGCACCAAGUACCUGUGGAAAAACUCCAAAAAGUAGCUCGUGACAUAAUGGAAAUUGAAGGGGAGCCAGCCCCAGACCACAAGCAUGUUCAAGAAACUACAGAUUCCAUACUCAGCCACUUCCAAAGCCUCUCCUAUAGCCUGGCUGAGCGAUCUUCUCUGCUGCAGAAAGCAAUUGCCCAAUCUCAGAGUGUCCAGGAAAGCCUGGAGAGCCUGUCACAGUCUAUUGGGGAAGUUGAACAAAACCUGGAAGGGAAGCAGGUGGUAUCACUCUCAUCAGGAGUCAUCCAGGAAGCCUUAGCCACAAAUAUGAAAUUGAAGCAGGACAUUGCUCGGCAAAAGAGCAGCUUGGAGGCCACCCGUGAGAUGGUGACCCGAUUCAUGGAGACAGCAGACAGUACCACAGCAGCAGUGCUGCAGGGCAAACUGGCAGAGGUGAGCCAGCGGUUCGAACAGCUCUGUUUACAGCAGCAAGAAAAGGAGAGCUCCCUAAAGAAGCUUCUGCCCCAGGCAGAGAUGUUUGAACAUCUCUCUGGUAAGCUGCAGCAAUUCAUGGAAAACAAAAGUCGGAUGCUGGCCUCUGGAAAUCAGCCAGAUCAAGAUAUUACACGUUUCUUCCAACAGAUCCAGGAACUCAAUUUGGAAAUGGAAGACCAACAGGAGAACCUAGAUACUCUUGAGCACCUGGUCACUGAACUGAGCUCUUGUGGCUUUGCACUGGACCUGUCCCAGCAUCAGGACAGGGUACAGAACCUCAGAAAAGACUUCACAGAGCUACAGAAGACAGUUAAAGAGAGAGAGAAAGAUGCAUCAUCUUGCCAGGAACAGUUGGAUGAAUUCCGGAAACUGGUCAGGACCUUCCAGAAAUGGCUGAAAGAAACUGAAGGGAGUAUUCCACCUACAGAAACUUCUAUGAGUGCUAAAGAGUUAGAAAAGCAGAUUGAACACCUGAAGAGUCUACUAGAUGACUGGGCAAGUAAGGGAACUCUGGUGGAAGAAAUCAAUUGCAAAGGUACUCCUUUAGAAAAUCUCAUCAUGGAAAUCACAGCACCUGAUUCCCAAGGCAAGACAGGUUCCAUACUGCCCUCUGUAGGAAGCUCUGUAGGCAGUGUAAACGGAUACCACACCUGCAAAGAUCUGACGGAGAUCCAGUGUGACAUGUCAGAUGUAAACUUGAAGUAUGAGAAACUGGGUGGAAUACUUCAUGAACGCCAGGAAAGCCUUCAGGCUAUCCUCAACAGAAUGGAGGAGGUUCAGAAGGAGGCAAACUCUGUGCUGCAGUGGCUAGAAUCAAAAGAGGAAGUCCUGAAAUCCAUGGAUGCCAUGUCAUCUCCAACCAAGACAGAAACAGUGAAAGCCCAAGCUGAAUCUAACAAGGCCUUCCUGGCUGAAUUGGAACAGAAUUCUCCAAAAAUUCAAAAAGUAAAGGAAGCCCUGGCCGGAUUACUGGUGACAUAUCCCAACUCACAGGAAGCUGAAAAUUGGAAGAAAAUUGAAGAAGAACUCAAUUCCCGAUGGGAAAGGGCCACUGAGGUGACUGUGGCUCGGCAAAGGCAGCUAGAGGAAUCUGCAGGUCAUCUGGCCAGCUUCCAGGCUGCAGAAUCCCAGCUCCGGCCAUGGAUGAUGGAGAAAGAACUGAUGAUGGGAGUGCUGGGGCCCCUGUCUAUUGACCCCAACAUGUUGAAUGCACAAAAGCAACAGGUCCAGUUUAUGCUAAAGGAAUUUGAAGCACGCAGGCAACAGCAUGAACAACUGAAUGAGGCAGCUCAGGGCAUCCUAACAGGCCCUGGAGAUGUCUCUCUAUCCACCAGCCAAGUACAGAAAGAACUCCAGAGCAUCAAUCAGAAAUGGGUUGAGCUGACUGACAAACUCAACUCCCGUUCCACCCAAAUUGACCAAGCUAUUGUUAAGAGCACCCAGUACCAGGAACUGCUCCAGGACUUAUCAGAGAAAGUGAGGGCAGUUGGACAACGACUGAGUGGCCAGUCAGCUAUCAGCACCCAACCAGAGGCUGUAAAGCAGCAAUUGGAAGAGACCAGUGAAAUUCGAUCUGACUUGGAGCAGUUAGACCACGAGGUUAAGGAGGCUCAGACACUGUGCGAUGAACUCUCAGUGCUCAUUGGUGAGCAAUACCUCAAGGAUGAACUGAAGAAGCGUUUGGAGACAGUUGCCCUGCCUCUCCAAGGUUUAGAAGACCUUGCAGCCGAUCGCAUGAACAGACUCCAGGCAGCUCUUGCCAGCACCCAGCAGUUCCAGCAAAUGUUUGAUGAGCUGAGGACCUGGUUGGAUGAUAAACAAAGCCAGCAAGCAAAAAACUGCCCCAUUUCUGCAAAAUUGGAGCGGUUACAUUCUCAGCUACAGGAGAAUGAAGAGUUUCAGAAAAGUCUUAAUCAACACAGUGGCUCCUAUGAGGUGAUUGUGGCUGAAGGGGAGUCUCUACUUCUUUCUGUACCUCCUGGAGAAGAGAAAAGGACUCUACAAAACCAGUUGGUUGAGCUCAAAAACCAUUGGGAAGAGCUUAGUAAAAAAACUGCAGACAGACAAUCCAGGCUCAAGGAUUGUAUGCAGAAAGCUCAGAAAUAUCAGUGGCAUGUGGAAGACCUUGUGCCAUGGAUAGAAGAUUGUAAAGCUAAGAUGUCUGAGUUGCGAGUCACUCUGGAUCCAGUGCAGCUAGAGUCCAGUCUCCUGAGAUCAAAGGCUAUGCUGAGUGAGGUGGAGAAGCGCCGCUCCCUGCUGGAAAUAUUGAAUAGUGCUGCUGACAUUCUGAUCAAUUCUUCAGAAGCAGAUGAGGAUGGAAUCCGGGAUGAGAAGGCUGGGAUCAACCAGAACAUGGAUGCUAUCACAGAAGAGCUGCAGGCCAAAACAGGGUCACUCGAAGAAAUGACUCAGAGGCUCAAGGAGUUCCAGGAAAGCUUUAAGAAUAUUGAAAAGAAGGUUGAAGGAGCCAAACACCAACUUGAGAUCUUUGAUGCUCUGGGUUCUCAAGCCUGUAGCAACAAGAACCUGGAGAAGCUAAGAGCUCAACAGGAAGUGCUGCAGGCCCUAGAGCCUCAGGUAGACUAUCUGAGGAACUUUACUCAGGGGCUGGUAGAAGAUGCCCCAGAUGGAUCUGAUGCUUCCCAACUUCUCCAUCAAGCUGAGGUCACCCAGCAAGAGUUCCUCGAAGUUAAGCAAAGAGUGAACAGUGGUUGUGUGAUGAUGGAAAACAAGCUGGAGGGGAUUGGCCAGUUUCACUGCCGGGUACGAGAGAUGUUUUCUCAAUUGGCAGACCUGGAUGAUGAGCUAGAUGGCAUGGGUGCUGUUGGCAGAGACACUGAUAGCCUCCAGUCCCAAAUCGAGGAUGUGCGACUAUUCCUUAACAAAAUUCAGGUCGUCAAAUUAGACAUAGAGGCCUCUGAAGCGGAGUGUCGACAUAUGCUAGAAGAAGAGGGGACUCUGGACUUGUUAGGUCUCAAAAGGGAGCUAGAAGCCCUGAACAAACAGUGUGGCAAACUGACAGAGAGGGGGAAAGCUCGUCAGGAACAGCUGGAACUCACACUAGGCCGUGUAGAGGACUUCUACAGGAAAUUGAAAGGACUCAAUGACGCGACCACAGCAGCAGAGGAGGCAGAGGCCCUCCAGUGGGUAGUGGGGACCGAAGUGGAAAUCAUUAACCAACAAUUAGCAGAUUUUAAAAUGUUUCAGAAAGAACAAGUGGAUCCUCUUCAGAUGAAAUUGCAGCAGGUGAAUGGACUUGGCCAGGGAUUAAUUCAGAGUGCAGGAAAAGACUGUGAUGUGCAGGGUUUAGAACAUGACAUGGAAGAGAUCAAUGCUCGAUGGAAUACAUUGAAUAAAAAGGUCGCACAAAGAAUUGCACAGUUACAGGAGGCCUUGUUGCAUUGUGGGAAGUUUCAAGAUGCCUUGGAGCCAUUGCUCAGCUGGUUGGCAGAUACGGAGGAGCUCAUAGCCAAUCAGAAACCUCCAUCUGCUGAGUAUAAAGUGGUAAAAGCACAGAUCCAAGAACAGAAGUUGCUCCAGCGGCUCCUAGAUGAUCGAAAGGCCACAGUAGACAUGCUUCAAGCAGAAGGAGGCAGAAUAGCCCAGUCAGCAGAGCUGGCUGAUAGAGAGAAAAUCACCGGGCAGCUGAAGAGUCUUGAAAGUAGAUGGACUGAACUACUCAGUAAGGCAGCAGCCAGGCAAAAACAGCUGGAAGACAUCCUGGUUCUGGCCAAACAGUUCCAUGAGACAGCUGAGCCUAUUUCGGACUUCUUAUCUGUCACAGAGAAAAAGCUUGCUAACUCAGAACCUGUUGGCACUCAGACUGCCAAAAUACAGCAGCAGAUCAUUCGACACAAGGCUCUGGAAGAAGACAUAGAAAACCAUGCAACAGAUGUGCACCAGGCAGUCAAAAUUGGGCAGUCCCUCUCCUCCCUGACAUCUCCUGCAGAACAGGGUGUGCUGUCAGAAAAGAUAGACUCAUUGCAGGCCCGAUACAGUGAAAUUCAAGACCGCUGUUGUCGGAAGGCAGCCCUGCUUGAACAAGCUCUGUCUAAUGCUAGGCUGUUUGGGGAGGAUGAGGUGGAGGUGCUCAACUGGCUGGCUGAGGUUGAGGACAAGCUCAGUUCAGUAUUCGUAAAGGAUUUCAAACAGGAUGUCCUGCACAAACAGCAUGCUGACCACCUGGCUUUAAAUGAAGAAAUUGUUAAUAGAAAGAAGAAUGUAGACCAAGCUAUUAAAAAUGGUCAGGCUCUUCUAAAACAAACCACAGGUGAGGAGGUGUUACUUAUCCAGGAAAAACUAGAUGGAAUAAAGACUCGUUACACAGACAUCACAGUUACUAGCUCCAAGGCCCUCAGAACUUUAGAGCAAGCCCGGCAACUGGCCACCAAGUUCCAGUCUACUUACGAGGAACUGACCGGGUGGCUGAGGGAGGUGGAGGAGGAGCUGGCAGCCAGUGGAGGACAGUCUCCCACAGGGGAGCAGAUACCCCAGUUUCAGCAAAGACAGAAGGAAUUAAAGAAGGAGGUCAUGGAGCACAGGCUGGUGUUGGACACAGUGAAUGAGGUGAGCCGUGCUCUCUUAGAGCUGGUGCCCUGGAGAGCCAGAGAAGGGCUGGAUAAACUUGUGUCCGAUGCUAACGAGCAGUACAAACUAGUCAGUGACACUAUUGGACAAAGGGUGGAUGAAAUUGAUGCUGCUAUUCAGAGAUCACAACAGUAUGAGCAAGCUGCCGAUGCAGAACUAGCUUGGGUUGCUGAAACAAAACGGAAACUGAUGGCUCUGGGUCCAAUUCGCCUGGAACAGGACCAGACCACAGCUCAGCUUCAGGUACAGAAGGCUUUCUCCAUUGACAUUAUUCGACACAAAGAUUCAAUGGAUGAACUCUUCAGUCACCGUAGUGAAAUCUUUGGCACAUGUGGGGAGGAGCAGAAAACUGUAUUACAGGAAAAGACAGAGUCUCUAAUACAGCAAUAUGAAGCCAUUAGCCUACUCAAUUCAGAGCGUUAUGCCCGCCUAGAGCGGGCCCAGGUCUUAGUAAACCAGUUUUGGGAAACUUACGAAGAGCUCAGCCCCUGGAUUGAGGAAACUCGGGCACUAAUAGCACAGUUACCCCCUCCAGCCAUUGAUCAUGAGCAGCUCAGGCAGCAACAAGAGGAAAUGAGGCAAUUAAGGGAAUCUAUUGCUGAACACAAACCUCAUAUUGACAAACUACUAAAGAUAGGCCCACAACUAAAGGAAUUAAACCCCGAGGAAGGGGAAAUGGUGGAAGAAAAAUACCACAAAGCAGAAAACAUGUAUGCCCAAAUAAAGGAGGAGGUGCGCCAGCGAGCCCUGGCUCUGGAUGAGGCCGUGUCCCAGUCCGCACAGAUUACAGAGUUUCAUGAUAAAAUUGAGCCUAUGUUGGAGACACUGGAGAAUCUUUCCUCUCGCCUACGUAUGCCACCACUGAUCCCUGCUGAAGUAGACAAGAUCAGAGAGUGCAUCAGUGACAAUAAGAGUGCCACCGUGGAGCUAGAAAAACUGCAGCCAUCCUUUGAGGCUUUGAAGCGCCGUGGAGAGGAGCUUAUUGGACGAUCUCAGGGAGCAGACAAGGAUCUGGCUGCAAAAGAAAUCCAGGAUAAAUUGGAUCAAAUGGUAUUCUUCUGGGAGGACAUCAAAGCUCGGGCUGAAGAGCGAGAAAUCAAAUUUCUUGAUGUCCUUGAAUUAGCGGAGAAGUUCUGGUAUGACAUGGCAGCUCUCCUGACCACCAUCAAAGACACCCAGGAUAUUGUCCAUGACUUGGAAAGCCCAGGCAUUGAUCCUUCCAUCAUCAAACAACAGGUUGAAGCUGCUGAGACUAUUAAGGAAGAGACAGAUGGUCUGCAUGAGGAGCUGGAGUUUAUUCGGAUCCUUGGAGCAGAUUUGAUUUUUGCCUGUGGAGAAACUGAGAAGCCUGAAGUGAGGAAGAGCAUUGAUGAGAUGAAUAAUGCUUGGGAGAACUUAAACAAAACAUGGAAAGAGAGGCUAGAAAAACUUGAGGAUGCUAUGCAAGCUGCUGUGCAGUAUCAGGACACUCUUCAGUCUAUGUUUGACUGGCUAGAUAACACUGUGAUUAAACUCUGCACCAUGCCCCCUGUUGGCACGGACCUCAAUACUGUUAAAGAUCAGUUAAAUGAAAUGAAGGAGUUCAAAGUCGAAGUUUACCAGCAGCAAAUUGAGAUGGAGAAGCUUAAUCACCAGGGUGAACUGAUGUUAAAGAAAGCUACUGAUGAGACAGACAGAGACAUUAUACGAGAACCACUGACAGAACUCAAACACCUCUGGGAGAACCUGGGUGAGAAAAUCGCCCACCGACAGCACAAACUAGAAGGUGCUCUUUUGGCCCUUGGUCAGUUCCAACAUGCCUUAGAGGAACUAAUGAGUUGGCUGACUCAUACUGAAGAGUUGUUAGAUGCUCAGAGACCAAUAAGUGGAGACCCAAAAGUCAUUGAAGUUGAGCUUGCAAAACACCAUGUCCUAAAAAAUGAUGUUUUGGCUCAUCAAGCCACAGUGGAAACAGUCAACAAAGCUGGCAAUGAGCUUCUUGAAUCCAGUGCUGGAGAUGAUGCCAGCAGCUUAAGGAGCCGUUUGGAAACCAUGAACCAAUGCUGGGAGUCAGUGUUACAGAAAACAGAGGAGAGGGAGCAGCAGCUUCAGUCAACUCUGCAGCAGGCCCAGGGCUUCCACAGUGAAAUUGAAGAUUUCCUCUUGGAACUUACUAGAAUGGAGAGCCAGCUUUCUGCAUCUAAGCCCACAGGAGGACUUCCUGAAACUGCUAGGGAACAGCUUGAUACACAUAUGGAACUCUAUUCCCAGCUGAAAGCCAGGGAAGAGACUUAUAAUCAACUACUUGACAAGGGCAGACUCAUGCUUCUAAGCCGUGAUGACUCUGGGUCUGGCUCCAAGACAGAACAGAGUGUAGCACUUUUGGAGCAGAAGUGGCAUGCGGUCAGCAGUAAGAUGGAAGAAAGAAAGUCAAAGCUGGAAGAGGCCCUCAACUUGGCAACAGAAUUCCAGAAUUCCCUACAAGAAUUUAUCAACUGGCUCACUCUAGCAGAGCAGAGUUUAAACAUCGCUUCUCCACCAAGCCUGAUUCUAAAUACUGUCCUUUCCCAGAUAGAAGAGCACAAGGUUUUUGCUAAUGAAGUAAAUGCUCAUCGAGACCAGAUCAUUGAGCUGGAUCAAACUGGGAAUCAAUUAAAGUUCCUUAGCCAAAAACAGGAUGUUGUUCUGAUCAAGAAUUUGUUGGUUAGCGUGCAGUCUCGAUGGGAGAAGGUUGUCCAGCGAUCUAUUGAAAGAGGGCGAUCACUAGAUGAUGCCAGGAAGCGGGCAAAACAAUUCCAUGAAGCUUGGAAAAAACUGAUUGACUGGCUAGAAGAUGCCGAGAGUCACCUGGACUCAGAACUAGAGAUAUCCAAUGACCCAGACAAAAUUAAACUUCAGCUUUCUAAGCAUAAGGAGUUUCAGAAAACUCUUGGUGGCAAGCAGCCUGUGUAUGAUACCACAAUUAGAACUGGCAGAGCACUGAAAGAAAAGACUUUGCUUCCCGAAGAUACUCAGAAACUUGACAAUUUCCUAGGAGAAGUCAGAGACAAAUGGGAUACUGUUUGUGGCAAGUCUGUGGAGCGGCAGCACAAGUUGGAGGAAGCCCUGCUCUUUUCGGGUCAGUUCAUGGAUGCUUUGCAGGCCUUGGUUGACUGGUUAUACAAGGUGGAGCCACAGCUGGCUGAGGACCAACCCGUGCACGGGGACCUCGACCUCGUCAUGAACCUCAUGGAUGCACACAAGGUUUUCCAGAAGGAACUGGGAAAGCGAACAGGAACCGUUCAGGUCCUGAAGCGGUCAGGCCGUGAGCUGAUUGAGAAUAGUCGAGAUGACACCACUUGGGUAAAAGGGCAGCUCCAGGAACUGAGCACUCGCUGGGACACUGUCUGUAAACUCUCUGUUUCCAAACAAAGCCGGCUUGAGCAGGCCUUGAAACAGGCGGAAGUGUUUCGGGACACAGUUCACAUGCUGUUGGAGUGGCUUUCUGAAGCAGAGCAAACGCUUCGCUUUCGGGGAGCACUUCCUGAUGACACAGAGGCCCUGCAGUCCCUCAUUGACACCCAUAAGGAAUUCAUGAAGAAAGUAGAAGAAAAGCGAGUGGACGUUAACUCAGCAGUAGCCAUGGGAGAAGUCAUCCUGGCUGUCUGCCACCCCGAUUGCAUCACAACCAUCAAACACUGGAUCACCAUCAUCCGAGCUCGCUUUGAGGAGGUCCUGACAUGGGCUAAGCAGCACCAGCAGCGUCUUGAAACGGCCUUGUCAGAACUGGUGGCUAAUGCUGAGCUCCUGGAAGAACUUCUGGCAUGGAUCCAGUGGGCUGAGACCACCCUCAUUCAGCGGGAUCAGGAGCCAAUCCCACAGAACAUUGACCGAGUUAAAGCCCUUAUCGCUGAGCAUCAGACGUUUAUGGAGGAGAUGACUCGCAAACAGCCUGACGUGGACCGGGUCACCAAGACAUACAAAAGGAAAAAUAUAGAGCCUACUCAUGCGCCUUUCAUAGAGAAAUCCCGCAGCGGAGGCAGGAAAUCCUUAAGUCAGCCGACCCCUCCUCCCAUGCCAAUCCUUUCACAAUCUGAAGCAAAAAACCCACGGAUCAACCAGCUUUCUGCCCGCUGGCAGCAGGUGUGGCUCUUAGCACUGGAGCGGCAAAGGAAGCUGAACGACGCCUUGGAUCGGCUGGAGGAGCAGCUAUGCCUGGAAUUGAAGGAAUUUGCCAACUUUGACUUUGAUGUCUGGAGGAAAAAGUAUAUGCGUUGGAUGAAUCACAAAAAGUCUCGAGUGAUGGAUUUCUUCCGGCGCAUUGAUAAGGACCAGGAUGGGAAGAUAACACGUCAGGAGUUUAUCGAUGGCAUUUUAGCAUCCAAGUUCCCCACCACCAAGUUAGAAAUGACUGCUGUGGCUGACAUUUUUGACCGAGAUGGGGAUGGUUACAUUGAUUAUUAUGAAUUUGUAGCUGCUCUUCAUCCCAACAAGGAUGCGUAUCGACCAACAACCGAUGCAGAUAAAAUUGAAGAUGAGGUUACAAGACAAGUGGCUCAGUGCAAAUGUGCAAAAAGGUUUCAGGUGGAGCAGAUCGGAGAGAAUAAAUACCGGUUCUUCCUCGGCAAUCAGUUUGGGGAUUCUCAGCAGUUGCGGCUGGUCCGUAUUCUGCGCAGCACCGUGAUGGUCCGCGUUGGUGGAGGAUGGAUGGCCUUGGAUGAAUUUUUAGUGAAAAAUGAUCCCUGCCGAGCACGAGGUAGAACUAACAUUGAACUUAGAGAGAAAUUCAUCCUACCAGAGGGGGCAUCCCAGGGAAUGACCCCCUUCCGCUCACGGGGUCGAAGGUCCAAACCAUCUUCCCGGGCAGCUUCCCCUACUCGUUCCAGCUCCAGUGCUAGUCAGAGUAACCACAGCUGUACAUCCAUGCCAUCUUCUCCAGCCACCCCAGCCAGUGGAACCAAGGUUAUCUCAUCAUCAGGUAGCAAGUUGAAACGACCAACACCAACUUUUCAUUCUAGUCGGACAUCCCUUGCUGGUGAUACCAGCAAUAGUUCUUCCCCGGCCUCCACAGGUGCCAAAACUAACCGGGCAGGUAAGUACCUGCCCCGUGGCCUACAAGCCAGGCUGAGAAUUUGGAAACAACAGCCUGUGUGGAAUGUUUCACUGCUCCCAAGGAGCCAGUAAUGAGAGUGGCACUUAGUGUAAUGCCCAGAAAGACAGACGUGCAGAUGCUCAAGUGACCUUUACUUUUUCUGUCAUUACAAUUAGCUUUAAGCUUUCCUUCUGAGAUGAGAUGCUUCCACAGCCAAAAGCUGGGCCAUGCGUUCUCAUCAGAAAUGAUCUCAUUUGAGAGAAUGUAAAAGGAAAUGUGGGUCUUCCUCAGACACCAGUCCAGUGUUGGGAUGAGCAGCUUGCUAGUAAUGUUUCCAACACAUCAUACUUAUGAUGGCUGCUGUUGAACUGAGAAAGGCAGGGGAAGAUCACAUCUGUUCCCCUGCUGCUGUUCCUCAUGGGAACCUAGGAAUCUGCCUUCAUUUCCUGCUGGCUGCUUCCCCUCAUUUGGCCUCUAUCCAUCCUGCCCAUGGAUUAGCCCAGCUGGCAGGCUCACCCACCUGUGCUGAGGUGGUUGAGCAACCCUGCUUGCCUCCACUUUGGGGGCAUGGAAGGUGACAGUGCUGCUGAUAGAAGUGGCUUUCUAAUCCCUAGGAGACAGCUUCUCAAGUAGAAUCACAAAGCUAGAAAAGGCCUCAGCAACUUCUGUAUAGAUGAGGAAACGGGGGUGCAGAAAGGCUGUGAGAUUUGCUUAAGAUCACACAGGAUCAGAACCCUAGCCUCUGCUCACUUGUUCUUCCACCCCAUGCCGUCUCUGUAAGUCUGCUGUUUGAUUCUUGAAUUCCAGACCCUAAAAAGUCAGCCAGUCGCCCUGGGAGUCGGGCUGGGAGUCGAGCCGGGAGUCGAGCCAGCAGCCGGCGAGGAAGCGAUGCCUCUGACUUUGACCUCUUAGAGACACAGUCUGCUUGUUCCGACACUUCAGAAAGCAGCGCUGCAGGGGGCCAAGGCAACUCCAGGAGAGGGCUAAACAAACCUUCCAAAAUCCCAACCAUGUCUAAGAAGACCACCACUGCCUCCCCCAGGACUCCAGGUCCCAAGCGAUAACACUGUCCAAGCACCCCCAAGCCACUCUCCACUUUGAAUCCUGCUCCGUACAUUGGGUGUAUAUUUAUUCUGAACGGGAGAAGUUAUAUUGUUAAAAGUGUAAAAGAAUAAUUGUGUUAUGAAGCUGCCUUAUUUUUUUUUCUUUUUGUAAGUUACUAUUUUCAUGUGAAUAUUUAUGUAGAUAAAAUUUGCCUCCUGGUAACCCUGUAAUGGAUGGGGCCCAGAAAUGAAAUAUUUGAGAAAAACAAGUGAAAAAGGUCAAGAUACAAAUGUGUAUUAAAAAAAAAAAAAAAAAAAGCCUAUUAAUAGGGUUUCUGCGCGGUGCAGGGUUGUAAACCUGCUUUAUCUUUUAGGAUUAUUCCUAAAUGCAUCUUCUUUAUAAACUUGACUUGCUAUCUCAGCAAGAUAAAUUAUAUUAAAAAAAAAUAAGAAUCCUGCAGUGUUUAAGGAACUCUUUUUUUGUAAAUCAUAGACACCUCAAUUAGCAAGAACUGAGGGGAGGGCACUUAUUACUGCUUUUUCCAUUGUUUAAUGUUUUGUGAUUUUUAGCUAAAGAGAGGGAACCUCAUCUAAGUAACAUUUGCACAUGAUACAGCAAAAGGAGUUCAUUGCAAUACUGUCUUUGGAUAUUGUUUCAGUACUGGGUGUUUAAAGGACAAAUGGCUGCUAGAAUUCAGGGGUAAAUGUACAUGUUCAGAAAACGUCAGAACAUUUGGGGUUUUAAACUUGAUUUGUUGCUCCCUACCAGCCUAGACACCGAUAACUCUUGUGUUCACCAGGACCCAGACCCUUGGCAAGGGAUAGGCUUGUUGGUGACAUUGUGAAUUUCAAAUUUGUUUUAUCCACUCUUUUUGCUAUUUAUUUAAAUGGUCGAUCAACUUCCCACAAACUGAGGAAUGAAUUCCAUGAGCCUGUUCUGAAAAUGUGGACGUAAGACAAACACGUGCUCGUCCUUUAAUGGAGUUCACCAGCACACUUGUUAACCAGUCCCGUUUGCUUUCGUCUUUUUUUGUGCGUAAUAAAGUCAACUGACCAAGUGACCAUGAAGAGGGGCUGUCUGGGGCUCCUGUUUUUUAGCUGCUGUUCUUCAGCUCCGACCAUGUUGCUGUGUGAUUAUCUCAAUUGGUUUUAAUUGAGGCAGAAACUGAAGCUCUACCAAUGAACUGUUUAAAAACAAGACACACUUUUGUAUUAAAAUUGCUUGCAGUAACAAA